AUCGAUGCGCUUGCUAUUUAAAGUGGGCGGAGCUACAAAUAAAUGUUAUCUUAUUAUCACAAUUCUAAUUCAGUUGUGACAAUUAAACAAAGGUCAUCAUGUUUACAUAAAAGCCUGGAGAUAAACACUUAACAUUCAUUGUGACUAACAAAUUUUCUGCACGAAAAUGUCGGACCUCAAUAUUGGUGUAUUAGGAGCCGGUGUGAUUGGUUUAACAACAGCGUUCGAAUUGAAAAAGAAAUUCCGAAACGCAAACAUUGAUGUUAUUUCCCAUCAGUUCAAUGACAAGACCACCAGUUACGUAGCAGCUGGACUUUUCCGUCCAGGGACUAGUUUUUCAGGCCCCACGGUGGAAAUCACAAGACAAUGGAUCAAUGAUUCUUAUCACUACUGGGAUAACAUUUGGAACACACCUGAGGCAAGCACAGCUGGUGUUGCCCAAGUGUCGGGCUACAUUUUCUCCAGUCAGUACCCAAAUAUCGUCAAAAACGAUUAUCUCGACAAGUUAUUGCCCAUUUAUCGACGGGCCACUGAAGAUGAAUUACAAUUAUGUCCCGGGACGUGGAAAUACGGCUGUUUUUUCACAACAGUCCUCACCCAAUGCUCGUACUACUUGCCCUGGAUCACUUCAAAACUGCAAAGGGACGGCGUCCACAUUCUGAGCCAAAAAAUCGAGUCGUUUGCACAACUCGAUAAAAAGUACGACAUAAUCUUAAACUGCACCGGCCUUGGGGCGAAAUUUCUGUGCAAUGACAAUAAACUCGUGCCAAUGCGAGGCCAAGUCCUGAAAGUGAGGGCUCCUUGGAUUAAAACAUUUUUCUACGGGGAUUACGACACUUAUGUUAUUCCGGGCAUUGACUGUGUGACUUUGGGCGGUUGUCGUCAGUACGACUCGUAUAACUUGGAAGUGAAUAAAUACGACGGUUUGUCGAUCAAAGAACGGUGCGAGUCUCUGGUGCCAAGUCUGAGAGGUGCCGAAUUAAUCGCGGAAAAAGUGGGCCUGAGACCGCACAGAGAUGUGGUCAGGGUGGAGAAGGAAAUUCAGGUGAUUAACGGCAGGAAAGUGAAAAUUGUGCACAAUUACGGGCACGGUGGCUAUGGGGUUACCACAGCUCCGGGGACGUCGCUGUAUGCCGUGAAACUAGCGACUGAGUUGCUUUCAGGCAACAGCAAGUUAUAAGACUCCGAAAGAUAAAUAGUUAUAUUUUUAAGUAAUAAAAUAUCAAUUAGUGAAAAAUUUAAUAAAACAAUAAGAUCUCUCUUAAA